CAAGCACAAACGGUCGUUCAUAGUGGCCAGCUGCUGUCAUGCCUUAGAAGGGUCGUAGAAGAAUUUAGCCGUCUCGCACGUGGAGAGAACCGUUCAUCGUGGAAUUCGGAGUUCGGGUCACAGAACCGUUGCAAACAGCCUUCACACGCAUGUCGAUGACCCGAAUUUUCGAGAAGUGAAGGGCACCUUGUGCGUGCAUCUGUCUCCCUCCGUGGGUACCUGUCGUGAUUUCUUUCUCUUCUAUCACAAAGCCAUCUAUACCUGGGUUAAGCGUUUUCAGUACUCUAGAUGGCUGGCCUCAUCGAUAACGACGAUUCUCUGGAAGAAGGUCGUUCCUUACUUCGUACCAAUGUUUUUAAUCUUGAGAACUUAUUAUUUCCUAAUCAUAAUGCCGCCAAUCCUGCUUCGUCGACACUUUCGGAUUCCAGAACACCAAGGACAACUGCCCCUCGAGAUGCACUCGUCACCAUGCCUCCAAGUGUUCUCGAACUUCGACAGAACAACCCCCAAGACUGCUCAAACCUCAUCGCGGCCUCCGUCGACAGAGCAACGGUCGAGAUCUCGAGAACUAUCAUAGCCCUAAACGCCACUUUCUCCCAACAGCUUCAACAAGCAUCGAUAUCCGCUUCCAAUGGCAUCAAAUCAGCACAGAACUCAGCUACCUCAACCAUCCAGGUUGUUGUACUGAGUGCUAGCAGCGCCACAUCCUCUGCAUUUUCCAGUCUCACCAUCGCCAACUUAGCAGUAACAAGUGCGAACUUUGCCUUGACAAACGCGCAGUCGAGCGCCAGCACUGUGAUCGCUGCUGCAAAUUCGAGCUUGACACUGGCGAACUUGGCAGUGACGAGUAUCUCGUCGGCCUCCAGCAGCGAUGUGUCGACCCUGAGUUCGAGUCUAUCCCAGCUGCAAGCUAGUCUGACUUCUGUUCAGUCUUCCACAUCUGCUGCCAUAGCGGCAGCCCAGUCAGCACUUGCAUUUGCUACCGGAUCGGCAGCAGCGCAAGCUUCAUCCAUCUUGGCAUCUGCAGCUAGAGCAACUUAAGGCUUAACUACCAUUGCACCACUGGUGAGUUCAAGCUACCACGUUGUCAAUAUAUUCAAGCAAAG